AUGAGAGCUGCUGCCAUCUCCAUGCCAAGGCUGGACAAGCUGCCAGGAAUGUUCUUCUCCGCUAACCCAAAGGAUCUGAAAGAACCUAACCAUUCACUUCUAGAUGACAAGACACAAAAGAAGAAGCCAAAGACUUUUGGAAUGGAUGUGAAAGCGUACUUGAGAUCUAUGAUCCCACAUCUGGACUCGGGAAUGAAAUCAUCCAAGUCCAGAGACAUACUUUCUGCUGAGGAAGUAAUGCAGUGGUCUCAGUCUCUGGAAAAACUUCUUGCCAACCAGACUGGUCAGAGCGUUUUUGGAAAUUUUCUAAAGUCUGAAUUCAGUGAAGAGAAUAUUGAAUUCUGGUUGGCUUGCGAAGAUUAUAAGAAAACAGAGUCUGAUCUUUUGAGCAGCAAAGCAGAGGAUAUAUACAAAGCAUUUGUGCACACAGACGCUGUGAAACAAAUCAAUAUUGACUUUCGUACUCGAGAAUCCACAGCCAAGAAGAUUAAAUCACCAACCCCCACAUCUUUUGAUGAAGCACAAAAAGUCAUAUACACACUUAUGGAAAAGGACUCUUAUCCCAGGUUCCUGAAAUCAAAUAUUUACUUAAAUCUUCUAAAUGACCUGCAGGCUAGUAGCUUAAAGUGAAGGCUUCCUGGCUGACAGGAACUAAGAGAUGGUAUCAAGGACAGAAGGAAACGCCAGCGACACUGCCUGCGUGAUCGUCUGGCCUGCUUUGGUGACUCAGCAGGCUCAGUAGAAGGAGGAACAACUCAGAAUGACUUUACAUGGAACCUAUCCAGAGAGAGACUUGAGGGAGCAUCAGCAGGAAGACAUGGAGCAACAAAGGGAAGGAGCUACUGUGAUACUGUCAUGAAAUACAGGGGACUCUAUUAGAACCCUCAGACCUGGGAAGGUCAGCUGACUGGCAACACAGAAACUAUGGACACUUUGUACGUGACUGAUCACGAUGAUAAGCUCAAGGACAGCGGACGUAUGUGCUACGUGUUGUUGUGUAGAUUGUGUUGAACUCUUGCCGUCCCCUUCCGGUGGACGGCAAAAGUAUGUACUGUAGACCACAGUUGCUAUUACUGACACAAAUAGUUUUGUUAUUUGUUUAUUUAAUUGUAUUUGGCUUGGAGUAGAGGAAGAGAAUUGUGUAUUUAACCUAAGCUAUUUGUCCUAAAACUAAGAAGUCAUAACACAUUUGUAAAUUAAUUUAUCAUAGAGUCAAAAGUAAAUGGGAACUUUAUAUUAAAAUAUAGAGAGAUAUG